AAAGUCAGUUAGCAAGUGGAAAUCACCGGAAAAACUACAUAGCGCGGCAGAAGGAAAAUCGCGAAAGUCACUGAAAAUUCACACCGCAGACGGGAAAUAAAAAAAACAGCCCCAAAAGGCAGCCCCCGAUAACAAAAGUUAAUAACAAUAACAAGGCGGAAUAAAAACAAAAAAGGGGGGAGAGAAACAAAACGAAACAAAUGAAAAGGAAAGAAUGAAAACAAAAAGAGAAACAAAUAAAAAAUCGCGCGUUUAAUUAACGUACAAAACGACGCAAGCAGCACAGUCGACGCCGCAGUCGUAGUCGGCGUCGCAGUCGACGUCGCGAGUGCUUGUGUGUGUGUGUUUGCGUGCGUGAGUAUCUGUGUGAGCUAACGAUAUAAAACUGCAAUUGAUUGCAAUUUCGGCGGCAUUUGCAAAAUAGCAAGCCGGCGAAGAACACAAAACCAAGAAAUCAAUAAAAGCACAACAAAUAAAUACAUUAAAUAUAUACCAACAAACAAACACAAAAACAUAGAAUAAAUCCCAUAAGCCUGCAAUAAAAAUAAAAAUACACAACAACAAAACAUAGCCAAACGGUUCGUCAAAUCAAAUGUGAAUUGAAGAACGGAUCGCCAGCCAAAAAAAAAACACUUAAAUCAUCAGUCCGAUGUAGCGAAAGCAAUUAUAAUAUACGAAAAUGCAACCAUUCCGUUCCGUGCCGUGCUAAUGCAAAAACGUAUACGAUCCGAAACCGAUAAAAUUACAAAUACAUGAACCCAAGUGAAAUAACAAUUUUACAGCCCACUGAAAGCCAAGUAUAGCAAUUGCAUUGCGGAGUUCUGUAAAAAUUAAACAACAAAAAGUGGACAUCAAAGGAACUAUUUUUUGAGACAUUUGCUGGAAAGCCUUUAAGCCACCUAAGCACAGGAAUAGCGGCGUGACUUCAACAAGAAAUCUUCUCCAGCUAGACUUUUGUUUAGUUGUUAUUGAGUGCAGCCACCAAAUAAGCUGGUCGGAAUUGUAUGAAGCAGGAAAUCAACCAGAAAGCAGCUAAACCAACGGAAUGGAAAAAAUGCUAGACCACGCCGUUUGUCGAGCGCUGACGAUUUGACGCUGAGCUGUCUGUCUGGCAGGAAGGAAACGCGACUCGCUUUUCCGGCUCUCGAGGCGCCUCCACGUGGAGUGAGGUGCAAGCGCAGAGAAGGUCAGAGGGCCAACAGAGACCCCGAGUGGGGGUGCAAGUCACACACGAGAACGAAGCUAAGCUAAGACGCACACAAUGAGACACAAUCGAAUGAGGCUCCUGGGACUCCUGGGAUUCGCACUCAUCCUCAUCCUGACGACUUGCUGUCGAGCGGAUGGGCCGCAGCACAGUCCGGAUCACGGCCUGGGCAUGGGCGGCAUGGGAAUGGGCGGACAUGGUUUGGACGCGAGUCCUGCGCCCGGAUACGGAGUGCCGGCCAUACCCAAGGAUCCCAAUCUGCGCUGCGAGGAGAUCACCAUACCCAUGUGCCGGGGCAUUGGCUACAACAUGACCUCCUUUCCCAACGAAAUGAACCACGAAACACAGGACGAGGCGGGCCUGGAGGUGCACCAGUUCUGGCCCCUGGUGGAGAUCAAGUGCUCACCGGACCUCAAGUUCUUCCUGUGCAGCAUGUACACGCCCAUAUGUUUGGAGGACUAUCACAAACCACUGCCCGUUUGCCGCAGUGUCUGCGAACGAGCACGUUCGGGAUGUGCACCCAUUAUGCAGCAGUACAGCUUCGAGUGGCCGGAGAGGAUGGCCUGCGAGCACUUGCCCAUCCAUGGUGACCCCGACAACCUGUGCAUGGAGCAGCCUUCCUAUACCGAAGCGGGCAGUGGCGGCAGUGGCUCUGGCGGGUCGGGAGGAUCUGGCAGCGGUUCUGGGUCCGGUGGCAAGCGAAAGCAGGGAGGCAGUGGCUCCGGCGGCGGUGGUGCCGGCGGCAGCGGUGGCUCAACGAACACAAAACAAUGCCGCGGACGCAAUUCAAAAAACUGCCAAAAUCCCCAAGGAGAAAAGGCAAGCGGAAAAGAGUGCAGCUGCUCGUGCCGCUCCCCACUCAUCUUCCUGGGGAAGGAGCAGCUGCUGCAGCAGCAGCAGCAGUCGCCCAUGAUGCACCAUCCGCAUCACUGGUACAUGAACCUCACUGUGCAAAGGAUCGCCGGCGUGCCAAACUGCGGCAUUCCCUGCAAGGGACCCUUCUUCAGCAACGACGAAAAGGAUUUCGCCGGCCUCUGGAUCGCCCUGUGGUCGGGCCUGUGCUUCUGCAGCACGCUCAUGACCCUAACCACAUUCAUCAUCGACACCGAAAGGUUUAAGUACCCGGAACGGCCGAUUGUCUUCCUCUCCGCCUGCUAUUUCAUGGUGGCCGUGGGCUAUUUGUCCCGGAAUUUCCUCCAAAACGAGGAGAUAGCCUGCGAUGGCCUGCUGCUGCGGGAGAGCUCAACGGGUCCGCAUUCCUGCACCCUGGUCUUCCUGCUAACCUACUUCUUCGGCAUGGCCUCCUCGAUCUGGUGGGUCAUCCUCAGCUUCACCUGGUUUUUGGCCGCUGGACUGAAGUGGGGCAAUGAGGCCAUUACCAAGCACUCGCAGUACUUCCACCUGGCCGCCUGGCUCAUACCCACGGUCCAGUCGGUGGCCGUGCUCCUGCUCUCCGCGGUGGAUGGCGAUCCCAUACUGGGCAUUUGCUAUGUGGGCAACCUGAACCCGGAUCACCUGAAGACCUUUGUGCUGGCCCCGCUCUUCGUUUACCUGGUUAUUGGCACCACCUUCCUGAUGGCCGGCUUUGUCUCCCUCUUCCGGAUUCGAUCGGUGAUCAAGCAGCAGGGUGGCGUUGGAGCCGGCGUCAAGGCGGAUAAGCUGGAGAAGCUGAUGAUCAGGAUUGGCAUCUUCUCGGUGCUCUACACAGUGCCGGCCACCAUAGUGAUCGGCUGCUAUCUGUACGAGGCGGCCUACUUCGAGGACUGGAUCAAGGCGCUGGCCUGUCCGUGUGCCCAGGUGAAGGGUCCCGGCAAGAAGCCGCUCUACUCGGUGCUGAUGCUCAAGUACUUCAUGGCCCUGGCCGUGGGCAUCACCUCGGGCGUUUGGAUUUGGUCCGGCAAGACACUGGAGAGCUGGCGUCGCUUCUGGCGGCGACUUUUCGGAGCGCCCGAUCGCACGGGCGCCAAUCAGGCGCUGAUCAAGCAGCGACCCCCCAUUCCGCAUCCGUAUGCCGGAUCCGGGAUGGGCAUGCCCGUGGGCUCGGCGGCGGGCUCGCUGCUGGCCACGCCCUACACCCAGGCUGGAGGCGCCUCGGUGGCAUCCACCAGCCACCAUCACCUGCACCACCAUGUUCUCAAGCAACCGGCGGCCAGCCACGUAUGACAUGGAGAGUCGGGGGAGCAUCGACCAUGGGCGGCGGCGGUGGCGGGGGCGGCGGUAGCACCAUUGGCGGCGGCACCCUUGGCCACGGCACCGCGAUGAGCAGC